ACCAUGGGGAAGGGAGACACUCAGGAGACAGUACCACCCACCUUACCCUACCGUUCUGUUAUGGAGGAGUAUGGUUAUGAGUUGGGCAAGGUCAUUGGCAAUGGCUCCUAUGGGACAGUAUAUGAGGCUUACUAUACAAAGCAGAAGGUCACAGUGGCUGUCAAGAUCAUCUCAAAGAAGAAGGCCUCUGAGGACUAUCUGAGCAAGUUCCUGCCCCGUGAGAUACAGGUAAUGAAGGUCCUGCGGCACAAGUACCUCAUCAACUUCUAUCAGGCCAUUGAGACCACAUCCCGAGUGUACAUAAUUCUGGAGCUGGCUCAGGGCGGUGAUGUCCUUGAAUGGAUCCAGCGCCAUGGGGCCUGCUCUGAGCCCCUUGCUGGCAAGUGGUUCUCCCAGAUGACCCUGGGCAUCGCCUACCUGCACAGCAAGGGCAUUGUGCACCGCCUUUCUGCUGCUGGUAGGGACUUAAAGUUGGAGAACCUAUUGCUGGACAAGCGGGAGAAUGUGAAGAUAUCGGACUUUGGCUUCGCCAAGAUGGUGCCUUCUAACCAGGCUGUGCGUAGUAGCCCUUCUUACGGCCAAAUGAGCAGCUUUACCCACCUCAGCCAGACCUACUGUGGCAGCUUUGCUUACGCCUGCCCAGAGAUCUUGCUAGGCUUGCCCUACAAUCCUUUUCUGUCUGACACCUGGAGCAUGGGUGUCAUCCUCUACACUCUAGUGGUUGCCCGCCUGCCCUUUGAUGACACCAAUCUCAAGAAGCUGCUGAAAGAGACUCAGAAGGAGGUCACUUUUCCAAGUAACCUGUCCAUCUCCCAGGAGUGCAAGAACCUGAUCCUCCAGACGCUAUGCCAAGCCACCAAGCGUGCCACCAUCCUGGACAUCAUCAAGGAUCCCUGGGUGCUCAAGUUCCAGCCUGAGCAACCCACCCACGAGAUCAGGCUGCUUGAGGCCAUGUGCCAGCCACCUAGCACGGCAAAUCGUCACCAAUCCUUGGAAAUCAGUAUUUGA